AUGGGCAAAAAGGAAGAUGGACUCUGGCAAGGGACACUCAUAUUCAUUACUAUUUUUGUAUUCGGUGCUGCUAUUCUCGGUUAAUAUGUUUACUCAGUCACCAAGGAAAGAUCUUAGGCUCGUGAUAAUAGAUUGAUGACUUUUGGACUAGUGUUUAUGGGCACAUUCUGUAUGUGGAUUCUCUGGAUAUGUACAUACAUGCAUCAAAUGUAUCCUCUAGUAAAACCUGAACUAGUCUGA